AUGGUGUCACAUCACUACGAAAUGCCACUUCAUUUAGCCGGCAAGGUGGAAAAAUCAUUAUCAACUGGAAAGGUCAUCGCGUACAGAGAGCAACUGGGAAUAACUUUUGAACAUGACCAUCAAUAAAUUGCAACGUUGAUAGAAGAAGAGCCCAGAACUGCGGAAGUACCAAAACCCUAUGAAAACCCAUACCCACCCAUCAAUAAUUGCCAUCAAGCCCAUGCUGCCAAGAACGCGAAAUGGAUGAGACCCUUUUAGGGUGUAUCCAAUCUUAUUUAUGAUCACAAGCAGCAUUUGUUCACAACACAAGGAAAAAGAGCGACGGUGCCGUGCCGUGAAGAACUACUGUACUGUGGCCUGCGGGGAUUGCUCUGUUUUUGUUUUGGUUUGGUGAUUGUGCGCCAAAAUGGGUUGCAGAUGUGUUGCAGAUCCUGCGGGCUACGGCAUUUCCAUGGUCAUAUCCACUACGUCUCUUUCCCUUUCUCAGUACCCAUAUCAGAGGGCAACUCAAAUACGCCCCUCCCGGCAGCGGCGGCUUCAUUCCUCAAGUAUGCAUCAUCUGAAGAGGGAAAGCCUUCUCCAAAGAGGAAACAAGCAACAGCAGCAUUUAGUUCCUGUCAAAAGGACUAAAAUUGUAAAAGCUGUGGCAGUUCCUCCCACAGCAUCUUCAAUUGAUGGCAUCGAGUAUAGAAAACACUUAGCUAAAAGCUAUGGUUUUGCACAAAUUGCAGAACCGAUUCCUGAAACUGUUACAUUAAAGGAUAUUGCUGAUACACUACCAAAGAAGUUGUUGGAGAUUGAUGAUGCAAAAGCAUGGAAGGCUGUUCUAAAAUCUGUCGCAUUUUAUGCAUUGGGGCUCUUCAUGACUUCAAAGACCCCAUGGUAUCUGCUUCCACUGGCUUGGGCAUGGACAGGGACUGCAGCUGCAGGGUUCUUUUCUAUAGGUCAUGAAUGUGGUCAUAAAUCAUUUUUCAGAAACAAGUUGGUGGAAGACAUUGUUGGAACUCUGGCCUUUUUGCCAUUGAUAUAUCCAUAUGAGGCAUGGCGUUUUGAACACGAACGGCAUCAUGCAAAAACAAACAUGUUGUUUGAGGAUACAGGCUGGCACCCAAUUCCAAAAGAAUAUCUUGAAUCAUCUCCACUUGUGCGUAAAGCCAUGAUAUAUGGAUAUGGUUUACUCCGGCCUUGGAUGACUAUAGCGCAUUGGUUGCAGUGGCACUUUGAUGUGAACCAGUUCAGACCAAAUGAAAUGAAGAGGGUAAAGAUAAGCUUGGCUUGUGUUUAUGCAUUUAUCGCAGUUGGAUGGCCAUUCCUUAUCUACGAGACAGGGUUCACCGGUUGGAUCAACUUCUGGUUAAUGCCAUGGCUGGUUUAUCAUUUUUGGAUGAGUGUUGUCACAAUGAUCCACCACACGGCUCCUCACAUAUCUUUCAAACCUCGGGAUGAGUGGAAUGCAGCUGAGGCUCAGCUUAGUGGAACAAUUCAUUGCGAUUACCCUUCUUGGGUAGAGUUUUUCAUUCAUGAUAUCAAUUUCCAUGUACCACACCAUAUCUCCCCAAGGAUACCGUUCUACAAUCUGCGUGCUGCCCAUCAGUUGCUUCGAGAUCACUGGGGAAAGUAUCUUAAUGAGACUACUUGGAGUUGGCGUUUGAUGAAGACCAUAAUGACAACGUGCCAUGUUUAUAGUGAGGAGAAGAAUUACAGUACCUUCGAUGAACUUGCCCCUCAAGAUUCUCGUUCCAUCACUUUCCUGAGAAAAGUUAUGCCUGAAUGAGCUCGGUUUGUGGUGUGCCUUGAUUGUGAAAUUCACCAGCUUGGUUCACUCAUAUAUCCUAUGCACCUUUUUCUUGGGGUUAUGAUGCCAAAAUGUAUGCCCAGUCUCUCAUGCAUUCUCACAUGUAUUGUCAUGAUUCCCUUUGAAAAUAUCGUUUAGGGAGGGAAACCAUGGCAGGGAAAUUCUAAUAUUAAUCUUUCAUUUUAUUUGCUUAUUUUAAAUAAUUAAAAAUUCAAUUGCUAAUC